ACUCAACGAAUAAAGAGUAAAUUAACUUACAAUCGGCUACUCUUCAUAUAGAAGUUGUGAAAAUCAAGUGAAACUUAAAACGCAGCAAAUACAGAUUUUAUUCCUUUAAAUUUAAAAUGAAGUUCCAAUACAAGGAAGAUCACCCAUUUGAAAAGCGUCGUGCUGAGGGUGACAAAAUCCGCAGAAAAUACCCAGACCGUGUACCAGUCAUUGUGGAGAAGGCACCAAAGGCACGUAUUGGCGAUUUAGAUAAGAAAAAAUAUUUGGUACCAUCUGAUUUAACAGUUGGCCAAUUCUAUUUCUUAAUUCGCAAACGUAUCCACUUGCGUCCGGAAGAUGCACUUUUCUUCUUUGUCAACAAUGUAAUUCCACCAACAUCGGCAACAAUGGGCUCUCUGUAUCAGGAACACCAUGAGGAAGAUUAUUUCCUUUACAUUGCCUACUCCGAUGAGAAUGUUUAUGGCAAAAAUUAGAGCGCAUUUACAAUAAGGGGGAAGGAAGGUACGUUUUAUGGCAAGUUUCAUAUAUUCAGCGGUGAAGUUGCUGUGUUACGUUGAAAAUUAAUUAGCAAAGAUGAAAUUUAAAUACGUUAUAAAAAAAAUACGAUUUGGAUACUUUCUGCUGUAUGAAGAAAAUUUUUGCAUAAACCGUUGGCGUGAUGGAUUUAGAUGAAAAUAAUUGUCAGCAGGAAAUUCAAUAAAAGAAUAUAUCAAAUUUAUUUCGAUUACAAAAUGAUCUUAACUAUAUAAAUGAUACCUACAUAUUUAAAUAUAAUAUAUAUACGAUAAAAAAAUAUUAUGUAUGUAUAUGUAAUACUUUACGUAGAUAUAAAUAUUAGUAUGUAUACAAUAUUUUAACCGAUUAAAUUUAUGUUUUUACGGUAUUA